GUCAUCACUAAGCGACGCAUUGUAUAAAAAAACAAACUUGUAUUCGAAUAGUGUCUGCCAUAUACUUUAGUAAAGCUUGUUACUUUUAUGUAUCUCGUGCUUUGGUUGUCUCAUUAAUACAUUUAUGCGGUUAGCAAACGACGUUAAGCCGGUUUUGAUACUAUUUCCUUCAGCGCGUGAGGGCUUGCGACCAGCUUCAGUGACUAAACCCGGGGUCUUCCUCUGAGGAUGGACAGUGAAAUCCAGCGAGAUGGGAGAGUCCUGGAUCUCACAGAUGACGCCUGGAGGGAAGACAGACUACCUUAUGAAGACGUCACCGUCCCUUUGAGCGAACUGCCUGAGGCUGAGCAGGACAACGGAGGAUCCACAGAGUCAGUGAAAGAACAAGAGAUGAAGUGGACAGACCUCGCCCUGCAGAGCCUGCAUGAAAACACACCGAGUACUGGAAGCUGAAGGAGUAAACUGCACAUGACCAGUGGUCACAAGUUACCCAUUACCUGUCUGUAUUUUAUUGUCUUUAACAGAUUGAGUAUGUUUUAGCAGAAUGAAAAUGAUGUGCAGGUUAUUUUGACGCUUUGUUUAAAUAUAUAGUAAACAGCUGCUUUAAAAAGGCCUUGUCUCUAUCAGCACACUUGAUCAUUUAAAAGAUUCUUUUCCAAACUUGUAUUUUGUCCAUCAAUCUUAACAUAAACCCUGGUCUCACUUUUUAAACUGACAAUAAAGCAAAGCCUCGCAAAGGUGAUGAGAUGAAUGUGGUCCUGAGCCCAAAUCCAUGAAGUAUGUUCACCUGCCAGGCCAAGUCCUUGACAAGCUGAGCAAUUUUCUCCUUGCUGUUUCUGAGCCACUUUUUCAGAUCGUUUAAAGUUACUUCUGCUGGCUUGACCACUUUGGAGAAAGCACCACAAGCUAAGUUAUUUUGGAGAUGGUCAAAACUGGAAACAAGCAGGGAAAGGGACUGUGGCACGUUGUGUGUUUAUUAAAAUUGAACCUUCUUAAGCUCUGCCUGCAUACUUUAUCCUCAUAAUCUUAAACUGAAUGCAAUCAUGAUAUAUGUGGAAAGGGGGAUCCUCAUCAUCGUCAUGAUGAGGAAGAGCAGUAGUGGGGUUGUAGAGCUGUGUUAAUUGGAAAUAUAUUAAAGACGGGUAACUGUAGUCUGCAAAUGGUUCAGGUAUUUGAUUGCCAGUCCAGCAGCUGUUAUUGUUUCUGGCCACUAGAUGUCAUGGCAGGACAUUAGUGUCACUGUGCUCAAACUAUUCCCAAGCAAUUCAUAUCGGCAGUCUUUGGAGGAUGAGCUGAGCCCAUCCCAGCUUUAACGCUUGUGUGCUUAAAACACAUUAGUGUAAUUCAGGAAGUCCUGAAAUCUAAAUGUAGAAUCCUACCAGACCCGAAUCAUCCAAUGACUAUUAAAGAAUCCUUCAUCUGCA